AUGGAAAUUGUAGAACUUGCACACAAAUAUCGAUCAGCGGGUGUAGUCGGUAUAGAUCUAGCUGCUGGCGACGAGUAUGAACAUUCCGUUGCUCCUCAUGUGACUGCUUUUCAGCGUGCUACUGAACUCGGCAUACAUCGUACUGUGCAUGCUGGUGAGUCAGGUUCGGCCGAUUCUGUUCGUCAAGCAAUUGAACAAUGUCAUGCUGAACGAAUCGGGCAUGGUUAUGCCAUUAUUGAUGAUCCAUCCGUAUAUGAACUCAUUCAUAGCAGAGAUAUCCAUCUUGAAUGUUGUUUAACAUCAUCAUUACAAACGAAUGCCGUCGGCAAAUAUGCACCGAAAGAUUGUGAUAUACAAGAAAAACAUUUUAUGUUGAAUGGUCAAGAAACGAAUACCAAACUUCACUUACAUAUGAAAUCGAAAAAAGAAGUAUGGCAUCCUCUUCAUCAUUUUGCUCGAGAUCAUCUCAAUUUUUCAUUAUCGUGCGAUGAUCCAUCUGUAUCACAGAUUACCAUUGAACAUGAAUAUAAACAUGCAUUAGUCGAUCUCAAAUUGUCACCAGCGCAGCUCACUCAAUGUGUAUUCAAUGCAGCACGAUCAUCGUUUUUGCCUGAAAAAGAAAAGGAUGAAUUAAUGAACCGAUUGUUAGUUAAUUAUAUUCCAAAAGGUGUUCUCAAACGUUACACGAUCGACAAGAAACUAGACGUAUCGUUACUUUUCGAUGCUUAA